AUGACGUGGAAACGACGCGUGUUGGUAACGGUCUCCGGCUUUGGUGUCCCACAGGUGCCAGUGGAGAUCGACGUGCAACACGCCGAGGACUUCCCCGAGGGCUCGGCGGGCCUGCGGAUGGCGGAUGCGCACAUCCCGGCGCACGCGGUCCGCCACGAGUCGGCGCGCCUGCAGUGCCGCUUCGACCUGGAGGGCGAGUCGCUGUACUCCGUCAAGUGGUACAAGGACGGCCGCGAGUUCUACCGAUACGUGCCCCGCGACUCGCCGCCGGCGCUCCUCUUCCCCGUGCCCGGCAUCUCCGUCGACAGGUCGCGGUCCAACGCCAGCCAGGUGACUCUGCACAACGUGGACCUGGAGGCGUCCGGCCGCUACCGCUGCGAGGUGUCCGGGGAGGCGCCGGCCUUCAGGACUGUCUCGGAGCAUGGCGACAUGCUCGUUGUUGCGCUACCCCAGGAGGGUCCUCGCAUCUCCGGCGGCAGACCUCGCUACCAGGUGGGCGACACCGUCAGCCUCGACUGCAGCUCUGGGCCGUCCAGGCCUGCCGCCCACCUCGUCUGGUACAUCAACGACCAGCAGGCGGAGCGGUCGCAGCUGGUCGGCCCGCGCGAGGUGUCCCGGCGCGACGGUCUGGUGACGACGGUGCUGGGGCUGCGCUUCGUGGCGGCGGCGCGCCACUUCCGCGAGGACGGCAGCCUGCUGCUCAAGUGCCAGGCCAGCGUGGCCGCGCUCUACUGGCGCUCCGAGGAGCACAGCGUGCGACCCGCCGUCGCCAUGGAGAGCCGCGGCGCGCCCGCAGCUGGGCCGGCCGGCGCGGGGGGCGCCGCCACUGCGCAGACGCCGGCCGCCGCGGCCACAGGUAGGCGGGCCGCCAGCACGCAGCGCAGCGCAGCCCACGGGAUAGGGUAG